AUGGAGCCUGCAAACCAAAUGGUUCAUGAACACCAACCAAAAUGGGAAGGCAAGGCUUGUGCAGAGCUGAGAGGUCUAAAAGCAGAGCAAGUAUGGCCACUCUUGGAGGACUUCUUUAGCCUAAACAAGUGGUUCCCAACUCUCACUACAUGCCUUCCUGUGGAAGGAGUCUCCGGCCAGCCAGGUUGCAUCCGUUAUUGCGCUGGGUUUAAGACUCCGGCCAACAAUGGUGAUGAGAUAGUGAACUGGACUAAGCAGAAAUUGCUGUCCAUUGAUCAGAGUGAACUGAGUUUUAGCUAUUCAAUUGUUGAUGGAAACGUUGGGUUCAACUCUUAUGUGUCAACAGUCAAAGUGGUGCCAAUGGAAGAUGGGUGUAUGAUAGAGUGGUGGUAUGAAGUUGAGCCAGUGGAAGGGUGGAGGCUGGAGGAUUUGGAUUCUUUUAUUGGCUCUGGUUUGCAGGUCAUGGCUAAAAGAAUGGAAGAAGCUCUCACUGUUGCUGCCUAG